AUGACUCCGUAUGAGCUCAAUGACGAAUCUACGUGGCGAGAAGUCUUUGAGAAGGUUGUGCUGCCAGAAGCCAACGACAUCUCGUUUGUCGGCUGUCCGACACGCGCGAGCAAAGAUAAGGCGCUUUUGAGGAUGUCCACCACUCAAGUCUCGAAAAAAGACAUCAAGGCGUGGAAAUGUGCCUCAGUGCAUAUUACAAGGGAAGGGAGCCAGUCGGCUAUGCGAUACGACGAGACCAGACUGGAAGGCCUUCGCCUGGACUCUCUAGUCGACGAUAUAUCGACGAUCGGCCUUCCCGACCCAAAAGUUCAUCCCCGAACCAAGGAUGAAGAGUCGUCUUGA